UUUUCAGAAAUUUUAUGCCGGGGACAUUCUGGUAAUUUCCUUCACCUUCCUUUUCUUUCGUCUCGUUUACUUGAGAUUGAAACUCUCACCUCUUCCUUUCCUCCAGUUCUCUUUCUCUCUACCACUAAAAGCUCUUGUUGAAAGAUGCACCGUCUCUCUUCCACCGCCCGUCUUUCUGCACGAAAAAUCAGCGGUGUUCGAUACGCGCACAAAGAGAUUAAAUUCAGUAACGAAGGGCGCGCGGCAAUACUCAAUGGUGUCAACAUCCUCGCCAACGCUGUUAGCGUAACCUUAGGACCCAAGGGCCGUAAUGUGAUAAUUGAGCAGAGCUUCGGCGGCCCAAAGAUCACAAAGGAUGGUGUUACAGUCGCUAAGGCCGUCACACUAAAGGACAAGUUUGAGAACCUAGGUGCUAGACUUGUUCAGGAUGUCGCACAAAAGACAAAUGAGAUUGCUGGUGAUGGAACAACAACCGCUACCGUACUCGCGCGCGCUAUCUACGCUGAGGGUGUCAAGAAUGUUGCUGCUGGCUGCAACCCAAUGGACCUUCGCCGGGGUUCGCAGGCAGCAGUGGAAAAGGUCGUCGCCUUCCUUGGAGACAAGACGAAGACGAUCACAACGAGUGAAGAAAUCUCUCAGGUCGCAACGAUCAGUGCAAACGGCGACGUUCAUGUCGGGAGCCUGAUUGCGCAGGCGAUGGAAAAGGUCGGCAAGGAGGGUGUCAUCACAGUCAAGGAGGGCAAGACGAUUGAGGAUGAGAUUGAGAUCACGGAGGGCAUGCGCUUCGACCGGGGAUUCAUCAGUCCGUAUUUCAUCACGGACGUAAAGGGCCAGAAAUGUGAGAUGGAGAAACCAUUGAUCUUGCUCAGCGAGGGCAAGAUCAGCGUGCUUGCUGAUAUCCUGCCGUCUCUGGAGAUUGCCGCUCGGGACAGACGGCCAUUGGUUAUUAUCGCUGAGGAUGUCGAUGGCGAGGCAUUGGCAGCUUGUAUCCUCAACAAGCUACGUGGUCAAUUGCAAGUCGUCGCAGUCAAGGCGCCUGGCUUUGGGGACAACCGCAAGAACAUCCUCGGCGAUCUGGCGGUUCUUACUGGCGGCACCGUGUUCAGUAAUGAAGUUGACAUUAAGCUCGAGAAUGUCUCACGGGAGAUGCUUGGCAGCUCCGGUAGCUUGACUGUAACGAAGGAGGACACAAUCGUCCUCAACGGUGAAGGCGAGGGUCGGGCCAUCCAGGCGCGGUGCGAGCAGAUCCGAGGAUUGAUUGAUGACAAGGGUACGAGCGACUAUGAUCGUACACGUCUGCAGGAGCGUCUCGCCAAGUUGAGCGGCGGUGUCGCCGUCAUUAAGGUCGGUGGCAGUAGCGAGGUCGAAGUUGGAGAGAAGAAGGACCGGUACGAUGACGCUCUUAACGCGACUCGUGCUGCCGUUGAAGAGGGUAUCCUUCCUGGUGGUGGUAUUGCACUCCUCAAGGCCUCGCAGAUCCUAGACGGCGUUGCGACUUCCAACUUUGACCAAGAGCUAGGUGUCAACAUCAUAAAACGCGCCCUCGCUGGACCAGCACGCACAAUUUUGUCGAACGCUGGCGAGGAGGCAAGUGUGAUCGUCGGUAAUGUGCUAGAGCGGUAUGCGAGCGAAGACAAGUUUAGCUGGGGAUACGACGCGAGCAAGGGCGAGUAUGUUGACAUGGUCAAGAGCGGCAUUGUCGACCCGCUCAAGGUUGUACGCACAGCGCUGGUUGAUGCAUCCGGUGUUGCUAGCUUGCUGACGACUAGCGAGUGUUCUAUCGUCGAGGCAGAAGUUGAGGAGAAGGGCGGCGCACCGAUGGGCGGAAUGGGCGGAAUGGGCGGCAUGGGCGGAAUGGGGGGUUUCUAGGCCCUUAAAAAUAUUACUAAUAUUGUAUUUCACCCCACUCAAUUUAAUCUCAUCACAUGACUUUACGGCCCUGAAUUUCGUUA